GAAAAUUUAAAUGUCAAUGUGAAAAAAAGACAAAGUAGUUUUUAUCUCACUCGCGCUCGAAUAAACAGAAUGCGCUAAAGAAGAACAGCACAUCAUGUCAAACGGCUCUUUAUGCUAUUCGGCUUAAAUGGAAAUGAAGAAGUUUGAUAUACAAUUUCUUUAUUUCUUUUAAAAUUAGUAAAUACAGUUUGCAAUGAAGAUCCCGAUCAAUAAAUCUAAAGAUUAUUUACCAUUUGUGCAAAAUCGAUAUUCCUCAAGUUGGCCUUGAAUAAAAUAUUAAACGUAAUCUAAUUUACUUACACGUGAAUAGAUAGAUUUUAAUGAAUGGGUGCUAUGUGUGAAUCUCUCAGUCGCAAUCGCCAUUACUAUCGCUCUUUAUUGUCGUUAGUAAGAUGGCAUAACGUGUUAAGAAGUGCGUAAUAAGUGAAUUGGUUUCUCAAGAUAGUGGAUAUUCAUUAUUUUGUAAAUAGAACGCGGUUUUCUUUCAAUUUUGGCGGGAUUGCUGGCACGUUUCGGUAACGUUGAAUGGCGGUCUGUCAUCUGUCGUCGGUGGACUCGGUGGCCUCAAGUUGAGGCCCUGAACACCGAAACUAAGUUCAUGUCUUGCAAUCUCGUAUCUUUAAAUUAGCAGUGCCUUUGUGAAAAUUAUUGUAGGGGUCGUUCGAUGUGGACGUUGGAUGAUGCGUCAGGAGUAGGCGCGUCGGCUAUGGAUGGGAGACGCGUGAGUCCACAUUACGAGGCAGGAUUCGAUUCGUGUGAUCCGUUAGGGUCUGUGUUGUGGUCAGGAGGGUCGGGGCGCUCGGCGGGUCGAGUUCUGCGCCGUCGUUGUCGCAGCGAGGGCGUGGAUCGGUCACCGUACGAGGAUGCGUCGCGGGAGCCCCUGAGAUCGGCAGACGGGAUUCCGCGGCACCGGGUGCAGCCCAACAAGAGUUUCUUCACGUUGAACAACUCGCCCGAUAGGUACAACCACGAGUGCACACUACCAAGAGCGCACAACGGCGACUACCUCAUGGCUCACGAACAAAAUAGACACCAUGGUUACCAGCCAGGUAGAGCAAUGUUCAAUCGAACAAGCCCCAUCAGACCUUUAAUGGUGACAACAUUAUCAAAUUCUAAAUUAGAAGAAACCAGGUUGCCAAAAGUAGAAGAACUCAUAGAAAAAUUAGACCAUGACAUGGUUGAAUACACUGUAAAACAACCUUUGAAAUCAAUACUCAAUAACCCUUUACCAAAGUCUUCGCCACCAGUUGGCAUACUCAAGAAACCAAAGGGGCGUUCAUACCAGGAGCCUAGGAGUACUGUAGAGGGCCGCAGACGACAGAGAGCGGCCAGUGAAUCUGACAAUAUGUUUACCAACUUUAAUAAUCUUGGCUCUCCCAUAUCUGGGUAUGAUAGCCGCCUAUCCUACCUCUCGAGCAACAACAAACGUCUUAAGGACAACUCGGGCUGUGGCUACUCGUACGGCACGGCCCUGGCGUCGCUCAGCGCGACCCCUCGUAAUAAAAGCCCCACCUUCCCCAGGAGAUGCGCCUGCAAAGACGCACCACCCAAGGAGGAGACCAUGCACGUGCUCAGGACCACUGCCAUCAACAACGAGCAUGAUGAUGUGAACCUACAGCAAUCGCCGACCCCCACUUGCCCGGCCAUCAGCCCAGCCCUGCCGGUGAGCUCAGUGACCUCAAUGCCGGUGCCGAAGAAGGUCGUCAAGACCGGCAAGAAGAAGGUCAAGUCAAAGAAGAUCAAAGUCCCCAAAGUCUCUCAUACCGUGUGCAACCAUGGGGAAGAUGAGGCGGAAGACGCGCUCAGCCGCUCCCCCUCCCCCGACGGCCACACCGACGGAGCCUGGCAGAUGGAGACGGACAUUAUCGACGUGCUGAAAGAGAAACCUCCACCCAAGCUCGACUCCGUCGAAAGCCCGCCCUCCGCGAAACUUACUCCGAAGACCAACGGGGUUAGCGCGCCGAAGAAAGUUCUAGAAGCGAAAGUUCCAGAAAAAAAAUCUCACAUCAAAGAAGAAAUGUUCUUCACAGCUUUGCAUACGACAAAUCCUUUCAAAUACACUCCAACUCGUAAAGAAUCACCUCUGUGCAUACCCGACACCGCAACCAACUGCCUGCGCCAGUCCCUGUUCCCGCGCGUGCCGCCGUACCUGAAGUUCGUGAGCUACGACGAGGCGACGGCGCAGAAGAUCCCCGCGCCCAUACAGAAGCACCUCAAGUGGAAGCUCACCAGCAUUACACCUAUAGUCGUCAAAAAAACACUCACCAAUUCGGGCUUCCGGCUUGUUAAGAGCGAGUGUGACACUGCCGAAUGUCCUCAAGAAGAAACGGUAGAAUGGAUCGGUAUAUGGGGCAAACACAUGAAGUCCCUAAUGUUUAGGGCGAUCAAAGACGGCCAGAAAAUGAACCACUUCCCGGGCACCUUCCAAAUCGGCCGCAAAGACCGCUUAUGGAGAAACCUGCAGAAGCUGGUGGCCAAGUUUGGGGACAAAGAGUUUGGUAUCAUGCCCAAAUCGUAUGUCCUGCCGCACGACUUGAAGUUAUUGAAGUAUGACUGGGAAAAGUAUGCAGCUAAUAAUGAGAGGUGGAUCAUCAAACCGCCGGCAUCCGCCCGCGGCACCGGCAUCAAGGUGGUCUCCCGCUGGACGCAGAUCCCUAAGAAACGGCCCGUGGUCGUGCAGCGCUACGUGUCCAAACCGUACCUCAUCAACGGCAACAAGUUCGACAUGCGCCUCUACGUGCUCGUCACGUCCGUGCACCCGCUCAGGAUAUACUUGUUCAAGGACGGACUCGCCAGAUUUGCAUCAGUGAAAUACAACGAUGAGCUGACGUCACUCAACGAUAGGUACAUGCACCUAACCAACUACUCCAUCAACAGACUGUCCAAGAACUACACGCCCAACGAAGAUUUCGCGGCCUGCGAGGGCCACAAAUGGACGCUUCAAAGCUUGUUCCAAUACUUAAAAUCAGAGAAGAACGUGGAUACGGACGCACUAUGGAACUCAAUGAAGGACCUCGUUAUCAAGACUGUGAUCUCUGGCGAAGCUAGCAUCAGUUCGCUGACGAAAGCUAACAUCACUUCGCGGUACAACUGCUACGAGCUCUUCGGCAUCGAUGUACUGCUGGACGAGGAUCUGAAACCGUGGUUGUUGGAGGUGAACAUCUCGCCGAGCCUGCACAGCGCGUCGCCGCUGGACACGCACGUGAAGGGCCCGCUGGUGCGCGCCGUGCUCAACAUCGCGCAGUUCCAGGUGCCGCUCAAGGUCAACCUCGACAUGCUCGUCAAGGAGCGCCCGCACAAGCUGGGUGGAUUACCUUACGACAGCAGAUUAUAUACAGUGUAUUUGUCUAAAGAAGAGAGAGACAAGCAUAUUAUUUACACUAAUAUGGAAGAAAGAGAUUUGUACUUACGCGACAUCCUGUCGACGCUGACGCCCGACGACGUGCGACACCUCAUCCAGGCGGAGGACGAGCUCACGCAGUCCGAGGACAUGGAGCGGAUAUUCCCCACGAAGACCACUCACCACUACCUCAACUACCUCAGCGGCCCGCGCUACUACAACCGGCUCUUUGACGCGUGGGAGACGCGGUACGGCACCAACAGGGAAGCAGGGCUGCUGCUGCUCCGCAACCUGUGCGACAUCGGCUACCACCUGGAGGUGCCGCCCGUGCCGCUGAAGGGCAAAGUGACAAGUGCGCUUAGGCGCGCCUACUUGGGUUGUAAGCACAUCGCCCACAGUAAGUGCGUAGAGAAACGAGUACAGUGGAACGCCAAGAGUGAAUCCGAAAUAGAUGUUUUUUUAAACGUAAACGUGUCGGUGUACCCAAUAGGGAUGCUAUAGAAAAAUAGACGUAAGACUGACGAUAGCAGUGGAAAUGUUGGUAAGCUAGACGCAUAGUUGAAAGGGGAAAGUGUAUAGACUGAGUAAAAUGCGACGUGGGCCCCCGCACACAAGUUCACAAGUAACAAUUAUUGUUAAUAAAUUUUCAAACAAGAGUCUACGUAUAUUUUCAAAAAAGAAUCUCUAACUAAUUAUCGCAGUAAAUCGAACAAUGUGUUAAAUUAUUAGACACCUACACACUUGAAUUAUUUUUCUUGUUACAUAUUAAAAAUAAGAUAAUGCUUGUAAAAUGAGUAGUUAUUUUAACACUACAGAGAUACAAUUCCGGUUCUAGUUGCCAUUUGUUAAAAGCAAAACCAAUGCAACGUGGUAUUAAACUUUGUGAAAAUGUGUGUGUUCGCUAUUGUUCUUUUAUGAAGUUGAUUGACGUUACUAAUUUGAAAAAAUCCUAUCUUGUACUGUCAAAGAUAAUUGCGGUAACUGUGUAUGAAUUGCAUACGGAGUUUCUGCACUGCAACUUUGAGGUGAAGUAUGAGAUGCAAGAUCUUUUCGAAGUGGCGACGUUGUUUUUCUCUGUUUAUUUUACUAUGCUAGAACGUUGUAACGAGGUUGUGUUCGGUUUAGAGCUAAAUAGUAUUUUCGAUCAAAACCUUGUCCAUUGUAGGUACAUUUUGUAAAUGUUUUAGUUCAUUGGAACGUUCCAAUAUUUCGAAAUAUUGCAGUACGUAAAUCAAAUUGGCUUCACACCGCAUAGUAAGAACAGGUUUGAGCAGCAGGCGUACUACGGUCGUAUUUAUUGCGUUAAUAAUGACACAUGUCGUGAAGUGACGCAUUAUUUAACUUGCCGCUAUCGACGCGAAAAGCGCGAUUGUACUUGUUGGCCCAAAAAAAUACAGCUGUUUGUAUGGACCAUCAGUCUUUAAAUUUUUGGUGGUUCAAUAUGAUUCGCGUACUCGAUGAAGUUCGUUUUCCUGCAUCAACUUAGACCAACCGUAUACUUGCGAGUUGCGAUUAAAUAGCCCAGUGUUUUGACACUGAAAUGUAUACCAGGACAGCUAUACGUUGUUCGUUUACAAAUGUAUUUGCUUAAAUUUAGAAACCUGUGUCAGUACUUCAUCAAAGUUUCAAAAUUUUAUAUUGGUAGUUGUUACUCGAAAAUAGAAAAAGAAAUAGCUGUCAAAAGUAUCGUUACCAACAAAUAUAUUAUACCGUACUUGGUUACGCAUGGACCGAAUGAAUGUUAUACAGAAUUUUAUAUAUAGAUAAUUGUACAAUAAUUGGUGCCUUAUCCUUUUAUAAAACUUUACCCAUGUUACAGUAUUUAGGUAGGUGAAAUUAUUAUCUAGUACGUGUAGAUAUUUAUGUAAAACUGUAUGUUGGUUUUAGUAAGCUACUAUUUCGGAAAUAGAAUUUAAGAUAAGACUCAACGUGUCACUUUUACCAGGUAAAAUAAAUUGAUUAUUAUGAAUAGAUUUACAUAUCAUUUUUUCUAGUCGCUAGAAAAUAGGAAAACAGAUUGUAUCAAUAAUGUAUGUACUUAUUGUACUUUAUUGUUGUUCUCUCAUUAUAAACAUUGGAAAUAAUUAUAGGUCAUAAUACUUAGAUAACUAUUGUUUAGUACAUUAUUAUUUUAUUAUCAUUUAUAAUUAAGAUAUGUAUGUAUUUAGCAUUUAUUUACGCUAUAUUCUAAUAUGCUUUUGCUAUUGACUCAUUUUUAAGCACUAACAUUCAUUUACGUUUUUGCAUGGGUUUGGAUAUGUUUUCUAGUUUGUAAACUUGAAGAAAUUGAACACAAUCUUUAACGUCAAAAUAACAAUUGAAUUUAUUUGUUUGGAAUAUAAUAUGGCACGUCCAUACCGCUAUCAUUUCAGUUUAUCUUACUUAUGUGUUAAAGGGUGUGUUUAAUGCCACAUCCAAGAAUUUGAUACACUAUCGUCAUGGUACAUCAUGGUAGUAAAAUUCUGAUGUCUAGCUAUAAAUUGAGCCAUAGAUACAAUAUCUAUCAAUAUAAAUAUGGUUCGUUUGCAUGAUGACAUUUGUAAAGAAUUUUGACCAUAACCAUCUUUGACCUUAUAUGCCUUACUAGAAAGAAGUGCUUCUACUUAAAAAUACUUACGUAUUUGAGUGCUUUAUACUCAACCUAUAACUGUCGUGUGUGUGUCCGAUUCUUGGCCGUGGAUGGCUGCGGCCUUCUUUUGAUCCUUUUUUAAGCCACUCGUCUCUUUCUAAACUAACACACUGACAGUUACCGUUGACUACUACCUAAAAGAAAGUCGUGGCGAAUUGCUGUAUGCCUUGUCUAUCAAGGCGUGUAGGAAAGGGACAACUAACCUGGCACCAUUCGCUCGCGGUAUGUGCUGAUCGUCCAACGCUCUUUGAAUAGACAUUAAAUUCAUGUUCAAAUCCUUGUUAUUUCACCAAAGCUUAUCUGCGCAAUAAGUAUUUCAAUAUGUGACACAUUUCCUUUUUUCUGUUACGAAGUAACAUCAAUGGUUAAAGUUUUGAACAUGCAUUUAAUGUGUUCUAGGCCUCAUACGUAUUUAGUAGUACUUAUUUAGUAUUUGGCACUACUUAAUAAAAAAAAAUCAUAACUGAUAUCGGGAUCCAUUUGUAAGCCAUCAUUAACAACUUCGUAGUUUCAGCUAAAGCUACUAAUCCGAUAAUUAAGAUUAGUUGUAGUAAAUGUAGUGUCAGUUGUUCUUUCUAGUCCAAAUAUAUUGUUUUGUUCUCCAA